UAUAUGUAUCACACUUUUUAUCAAACUAAAUAAAUAUUAAUUCAUGAAAUUAGGCUGCAUUGAACUUCACCAGUUGACUUCCUCCAGUUCUCACUCAACACUGCAAUAUUUUAUACACAAGCAUUUAUAUGGCUUUAAACAAAUGAAGCAAAGAAAACUGCAUCUCUCCUCCGCCAUGAUUGAAGCUUCCAAACAUUGACCUUAAUUAUUCAAAUCUAAGAUUCUCAUGAAAGUCAUUAAAUUUCUCGACCUAAACUCAUGUCUGUAAUUCUCAAACUCUUAUUAAGAGUUCCCAAUCGAAUUAAUCAGAGAAAGAACCACAAACCAUAAUGGAUACUAACUCUCAAUCUUCAAUGCCGUUUUCUUGUAAUAAUGUCUUCUUUCUUUUGCUUCUACUGUCCUCAAAUCUCCUCACUUUGUUUAUUUCUACCACCUUCUACUCCCCUUGCUCUCUCAAAUCCCAGCUACAAACAGCCACCGGCACCGCCACCACUGCCCUAGCCGCCGCUGAGCCACCGCCGCCCUCUGAGGACGAGGACCCGGGAACCAAUGCCCCCGCCGUUGACCUCCCUCCUGAGUUCAUUGCCUUCACAUCUCCACAGGAACUCCCACUGGGGUUUAACAAGAACUUCGACUCCGACCAGAUCUUCCCCCCCGUCGGCAGCCCUUGCACCCUCUUCACCGACGAGCUCCGUAGCUUCAUGUCCUACAAAGUCAACGGAUCAUGCCCCGACGACGAGCUUCUCUCUCAGAAACUCCUCCUCCGCGGCUGCGAGCCCCUUCCCCGACGCCGCUGCCGCCCUGCCGCCCCGAAGGAAUACGUCGAGCCUUACCCUCUCCCCGACAGCCUCUGGACCACCCCACCCGACUCCUCCGUCGUCUGGACGGCUUACACCUGCAAAAACUACUCCUGUUUGAUUAACCGCAGCCGCAACCAGAAGGGCUUCGACGAUUGCAAAGACUGCUUUGACCUCAACGGCCGGGAAAAGAACCGCUGGGCCAGUGGCGGUACUAAAGGUUCCAACCUCGACUUCACCAUUGACGAGGUCCUUGCCGUCAAGAAACCCGGAACGAUCCGGAUCGGCCUGGACAUCGGCGGCGGCGUGGCCACAUUCGCAGUGAGAAUGAGAGAGAGAAACAUAACCAUAGUGACCACCUCCAUGAAUCUGAACGGCCCAUUCAACAACUUCAUCGCAUCAAGAGGGGUGGUGCCUCUGUACAUGAGCAUCUCGCAGCGGCUGCCUUUCUUCGAUAAUACUCUUGACAUUGUUCACUCGAUGCAUGUUCUGAGCAACUGGAUCCCGACGGAGCUGCUGCAUUUCUUGGUAUUUGAUAUAUAUAGAGUGCUGAGGCCUGGGGGUUUGUUCUGGCUGGAUCAUUUCUUCUGCGUGGGGGAGCAGCUGGAGAAGGUGUAUGCGCCGCUGAUUGAGAGUGUUGGGUUCGAGAAGGUGAAGUGGGAGGUGGGGAGGAAGCUGGACCGUGGACCGGAGCUGAAUGAGAUGUAUCUUUCUGCUUUGUUGCAGAAGCCAAUGAACAAGUUUUGGUGAAUAUUCAUUGUUUAGGCUUUAA